UAGCACUAAAACUAAAUAGCACUAAACACAUCUAUUUCUUUCAUUUUCAAUUAUUUUAUUGGUGCUAUUUUGUACUUAUUAUUUUGCACUCUAGCAUGCUGUGGCAUUACAGCAGGCUGGAACUUCCUCUUCAUUCAACGACAUAGUGAAAAGUUGAAAGUUUCACUUAAUGUGUGAAAGAAUUACAUGAGACGGCCUAAAAUAUAUAAUAAAUCUUGAAAACAUAUAAAUAAUACAGUAUGUUAAAGAAUAACAUAGCAGCUUAAUAGUUAUAAGAAGAUCAACCUAAAUAAUCUGGAUGCUUUUAUUUAUCCUGACCUCUUUUUCUCAACAUCAUAAACUCUUUUUUUAUGUACGCUACGACCCGAACCCCAUUUAAGGACAACACCCAUUUAUCGAUUAAAGUAAGCCUAUGGGUUACCUGUGGUGGGGCACUGGGAACCAGUGGUAAAUAUUGGCAAAGAUGGCAGAGGAAAUGAAAGUUUGCAAAAGUAAUGCUGAAAUAUCGUGAAAAAAUCCCUCCAAAAUGGCCAGCAAUAUCCCCAAAAGAGCCGUUAUUUACAAACAUGGUAUUCUCUCUGAAGGCAAGCUUGUUAGUGUUCCCAAAACGAUGCAAGAACUAGAACGACUUGUCAAAGAGAAACUCCAGCUGAGCUGUGUAGAAGGGAUAUAUACAUCUAAAGGAGGCCGUAUUGAUAAUAUAGAACUAAUAAGGGAUGAUGAGGUCUUAUAUAUAGCAUCUGAAAAACCAGCAUCAAACAACAUUGACUUUGUUCCUUCUCUUCUCCAUCAACAAAUGAGCAAAGCAGACGACUUGAUACCAAAAUCAUAUAGUGAUUGGGUGACGCUCAAUGUAGGAGGACAAUUAUUUACUACAACAAGAGCUACUUUGUUAUCAAAAUCUAACAGCAUGCUUGCCAAGAUGUUUUCUGUCACAGACUCUUGGUGCAGCAUCAGAGAUCCAAGUGGAGCAUAUUUGAUUGACAGGAGCCCAGUGUACUUUGAACCUAUUUUGAAUUACCUAAGACAUGGCCGUGUGAUUCUUGAUGAAGGAGUCAACCCCAGAGGUGUUCUUGAAGAAGCUAAGUUUUUUGGCCUUACAAGUAUGAUGGAGGAGCUUGAAGAAACUGUCAAGAAAAUAGAAAAACUUCAAGAUGAAUCACUAAGUAGAAAUGAAUUUGUGCGAAUUUUGCUGUCAACACCUUCAACAAGAGAAUUGAGAUGCCAAGGUAUCAAUUUAGAAGGUGCGGAUCUCUCCAACUUGGACUUGCGGCACAUCAACUUUAAGCUGGCUAAUCUAAGUCACUCAGACUUAGCUGGAGCAAACCUGUCACACUGUUCAUUAGAAAAUGCUAACCUCUCCUAUGCACAUUUGGAUGGAGCCAUCUUGGGGAAUACGAGAUUUCAGAGAGCCAAUUUAGAAGGAGCUUCCUUGCGAGGAUGUAACUUCGAAGAUCCUACAGGAGUACAGGCUCAUCUUGAAGGUGUGAAUCUCAAGGCUUCUGAUUUAGAAGGGAGUCAAAUGACAAACGUUAUUCUACGAGUUGCAACUCUUAAAGGAGCCAAUCUCCAGAACUGUAACCUAAGGGGUGCAAUACUAGCUGGUGCAGACCUGGAGAACUGCAAUCUGAGUGGCUGUGACCUCCAAGAUGCUAAUCUUCGAGGAGCAAAUGUCGUAGGUGCCAAAUUUGCUGAGAUUUUGGGUCCCCUGCACAUGUCCCAGUCUGUAGGUGCCUAUUUAGGUAGAACCACUACCAGCUCUCCUGAUUAGGCACCUAUUGGAAGGUUUAAAGUUUGUAAUGAAAAUUCAACAUUAAGGUACCAAAUGCUAAAGGUGAUUAAAUCAAAGCCCUCUUAAUGUCCCACUGUGUUGGUAUAUGUGUAAACUAUACCAGCCUACUAUACAAGGUUUAAACUUUGAACCUUGAGGGGCAUAAAUUCUUUAGGCAAAAGAAUUUAGUACCUAUUAGAUGUUUCUAUCUAUUGGUGCCUGUCUAAAUAUAAUACCAAUAUGUCUCAAAUACAAGGUUUCAAUUUGAAACCCUGAGGGAGCAUAAUUCAGAACGUGUUCAAUUUAAUGACACCUACAUGUCCCAGUCUGUUGGGGCAUGUAAAGAUAGGACAAUAUCAGCUCCUUGCAGCGGAACCCUAUCAUGUAUAGUGAUAGCUUGAUCUUGGUACCAAAAUGCUGUAGGGAAUAAAUCCAGUACAUUGUAAACAAUGUGUUAAUAAUAUACCAUUAUUUUUUUACUCAGAAUAAAUUUUAAAAACUUUUACUAUA